AUGGUCGCUCAGAGCUCAGGUCAUUCGUUGAUACAGCUGCGCAGUCCCUAUGAAUCCUAUAAAGCCAAAGCAGGACAAUGCUAUUUUUACGAUUGUGACUUUUUUGACAAUAUUGAGCACUUAUCAUCUCCUCAAUCGUGCGUGGAUCAGGGCAUAUUCUGUCGUUUUGUGAAGCACUUCUGCGAUGAACCAGUCCACAUAGAAGUAAUGAAGAGGGAUUGUGCGGCUACGUGCCGAUUUUGUGAAGAUAUUGUGAGGGAACAUCAUCAGAAUGGAACUACAAUUACUCUACCUAACGGCAUGCGUUUCCAGCAGAACCGAAAAAAUAACACCACUGCUGAUUUACCAUGUGGAGGGAUUAGAGCUCGGAAGUGCGUACUACCUGAAGAGAGAAAGCUUACCACAGCGACAUUACUGAAAAUAGGAAAAGUCAAGCCGGUAUCAUCGUCAAAGGAAAAGAACAAGACUGCCAACAGCACAUCUUCAAGUAGCACUCUUCCAAAAGAAAAAACCCGUAAGAGCCCUUUUGCAACAAAGUCAAUCACACCAUCACCCAGCAAUAAAAGAAUGAUUGAAUACAUGAAAAAUAAAACGAGAACCACCGCAGAUACGUCCACCACCGCAAUAUACAAUGUGUCAGUGGUUCCAGCUACAGAAUCAUAUGAAGCGAGAAGGAUCAAGCUAGAAGAGCUAUUGAAUAAUAAGGUAAGGUGAAU